AUGUUGAGUGCAUCAAAGUUGCAGGUUUGGAACUCUGGGCCGCACUGGAAUUGCGACGUCUUUGUUUCUUCUCAUCGCCGCUUGAAUCUCCGGCUACAUCCUCACCGUCGAUUCGCUUCUUUGAUUCUGCAAUCAGACGAUAAUGUGAAUGCCUCAAUUGAGCCAUCGGUUUCCUCCAACCUCACCUCCGCCGUUGGAUCCUCUUCCUCCUCUGCACUAAACCUCUCACAGUGGACUCUUACUCAACGCCACAUUCACAUUCUCAAUUUCACCGCGUGCGUGGCAGCAAUUUCUGCAACAUGGCUGUUUUGCUCAGCAAUUCCGGCACUUCUGGCCUUUAAGAGAGCUGCAGAGUCACUGGAGAAGCUGAUGGACGUUACGAGGGAGGAGCUCCCUGACACAAUGGCAGCCAUUCGAUUAUCUGGGAUGGAGAUCAGUGAUUUAACAAUGGAGCUCAGUGAUAUUGGCCAAGAAAUAACACAAGGCGUGAGAAGCUCCACUCGAGCUGUUCGUUUAGCAGAAGAAAGGUUGCGCCGGUUGACAACCAUGAAUCCAUCAGUAUCCUUGCAGGCGACAACCCCACCAGGAACUGAGACAGCAGGGCCAGCUCUAGCUAGAAUCGCAAGGGGUGCAAAGGAUGGAAUCGUUAUGGGUCGUGCAGUUGUGCAGAUACUUUUUACCCUAACCCAAUAUUCUAGGGCGACGACUGUGCCCCUCAACAUUGGUUCCAGUGGGUAA